AGAAAACCCACGACGCGCGCGGCUAGUAUGUCGGUCGUGGAAGGACUCGUAUUUAUGAACACUGUACAUAAGCACAAGUGUAGGAAAAUCAGGAUGAAAAGAUGGCAACCAUGCUACUACCACCAGGUCCUGACAUUUUGCGCCCAUUCACUCGUGAGUCCUUGGCUAACAUUGAGCAGCGGAUUGCAGAGGAACAGGCCAGAAAUGCUAAGGAGUACCAGGAAGACAUGGGAGAUGUGGAGACUCCCAAGCCCCGGGCUGACUUUGAGGCAGGGAAGCAGCUGCCACGAAUUUUUGGUGACAUUCCCUCAGGACUCAUUGGUGUGCCGCUGGAGGACAUCGACCCUUUCUACUUCAAGAAUCAGAGGACUUUUAUAGUACUGAACAAAGGGAAAGCAAUCUUCCGAUUUAGUGCCACAUCUGCGCUGUGUGCUUUUAGCCCUUUUCAUCCAGUGAGAAGAGCAUCAAUAAAAAUUUUAGUUCACUCAUAUCCUUUUCAAUUAUUCAGUUUAUUCAUAAUGUUCACUAUUUUGACCAACUGUUGUUUCAUGGCCAUGUCUGAACCUACGCAAUGGGCCAAGUAUCUUGAGUACACUUUCACUGGAAUUUAUACUUUUGAAUCACUGAUAAAAAUACUUGCAAGAGGAUUCUGUGUUGGCCCCUUUACCUUUCUGCGAGAUCCCUGGAACUGGCUGGAUUUCAGUGUGAUAGUCAUGGCGUAUGUGACUGAAUUUGUGGACUUGGGCAAUGUCUCAGCCUUGAGAACAUUCAGAGUACUUCGUGCACUGAAAACUAUCUCUGUCAUUCCAGGCCUAAAGACCAUUGUGGGUGCUCUGAUCCAGUCAGUAAAGAAGCUGGCCGACGUUAUGAUCCUCACUGUCUUCUGCCUAAGUGUCUUCGCCUUAAUUGGUCUGCAGCUCUUCAUGGGCAACCUGCGACAGAAGUGUGUACGCAGCCCAGAGCACUGCCUGAACAGUACUUACAUUAGCAAUGGUACCUUUUUCUGUAACAACAAGACCUGGCUGUCCUUGAAGGAUUUCGUCGCUGAUGAGGAAAACUUCUACAGGAUGGAGGGAGCAAAGGAUGCCUUAAUAUGUGGGAAUGGGAGCGAUGCAGGGAAAUGUCCUGAUGGCUUUGAGUGCUUGAAGACAGGAAGAAAUCCAAAUUAUGGCUACACCAGUUUUGAUACCUUUGGAUGGGCAUUUCUGUCACUGUUCCGACUAAUGACGCAGGACUACUGGGAAAACCUCUACCACCAGACUCUGCGGUCAGCAGGGAAGACCUACAUGGUUUUCUUUGUGGUGGUAAUCUUCCUGGGCUCUUUCUAUCUGGUUAAUCUGAUACUGGCUGUGGUUGCCAUGGCGUAUGAGGAACAGAACCAGGCCACCAUCGCAGAGGCAUGGCAGAAAGAGCAAGAGUUCCAGCUUGCCAUGGAGCAUUUGCGAAAGGAACAACAGGCAAUAGCAAGCAAACCACAACUGGAGUACAUGACAUCUCCAGAAAUGCCCUCCUUCACUUUGGACUCCAAAGAGCAGAAGAAGAACCAGAUUAUGUCACCUGAAGAUUCCAGAUGUGACGCAGGCUUUGCAUCUGGAAGGAGAAACUGCCUGCUCUUACCCUUUCUUUCUUUGUAUGCUGCAUGCUCUCUCACUAUUCAUACCCAAAAGGGAAGUCAAGGCAGUGUCUUCACAUUUCAUAUCUGCAUGAGGGACUCAGACACGGAUUUUGCAGAUGAUGAGGUCAGCACACAUGAUGAUUCUGAAAGUCUUGCUAGCCCACAAGUGAUGCUAAAGCGGAGGACCAGUACCUGGAGUACAGCCAGUCAUGCUUCAGAAGUCUUCAGGCCAGACCUCAAUGGCAGGGUACCAGUGGCUGUUGACCAUAAUGGCAUUAUGAACCCAGAGGCACAUGCACCAGCUUCUGUAUCUACCAUGGAGAAAGUCACUGAGGACAAUGUGAUUAAACCAGAGGAACCCAACAGCACAGACAAAAACCCCAUGCUGAUGAUAUGUAACACAUCCCAUGAUAUCCAUGAGGAAUGCUCAAGAAAGGAAAGGGCACUGAGUGCUGCUAGCUACCCCACCAGUACCAUGGAUGAGCUGGAGGAGGCUCAACAGAGGUGUCCUUCCUGCUGGUACAGCUUUGCCCACCAAUACCUGAUCUGGGAUUGCUGCCCAAUGUGGCUUACAAUGAAGGAGUGGGUGAAGUUCGUGGUUAUGGACCCAUUCAUGGACCUGGCAAUUACCAUGUGCAUUGUGCUCAACACUCUCUUCAUGGCACUUGAGCACUAUCCAAUGACAGAUGAGUUCAACAGAAUGCUUUCUGUUGGCAACCUGGUGUUCACAGGCAUAUUCACAGCUGAGAUGGUCCUCAAGAUCAUAGCCCUAGACCCGUACUGCUAUUUCCAGCAGGGCUGGAACAUCUUUGACAGCUUCAUUGUCUGCCUCAGCCUGAUGGAACUUGGCCUCUCUAAUGUUGAGGGGCUCUCUGUGCUGCGCUCCUUCAGACUGCUGAGAGUUUUCAAGCUAGCAAAGUCCUGGCCCACUCUGAACACACUCAUCAAGAUCAUUGGCAACUCCGUAGGCGCUCUGGGCAACUUGACUCUAGUGCUGGCAAUCAUUGUCUUCAUCUUUGCUGUGGUGGGCAUGCAGCUUUUUGGGAAAAACUACCAGGACUGUGUCUGCAAGAUCUCCAAAGACUGUUCUCUACCCCGCUGGCACAUGAAGGACUUCUUCCACUCCUUCCUCAUAGUGUUCCGGGUCCUUUGUGGGGAGUGGAUAGAGACCAUGUGGGACUGCAUGGAGGUGGCUGGCCAGCCGCUCUGCAUUCUGGUUUUCAUGCUAGUCAUGGUGAUCGGGAACCUGGUGGUGCUGAAUCUCUUCCUGGCUCUGCUACUCAGCUCCUUCAGUGCUGAUAAUCUGUCAGCUCCAGAUGAGGAUGGUGAGAUGAAUAACUUGCAAAUUGCCAUUGCUCGCAUCCAGCGAGGUGGCAAAUGGCUCCGACGGGCAGCCUGUGACUUCUUCAUUGGCGACCAGAAGCAGAGGCGACAGAAGGCCUGCGAGACUGAGAGCACGCUGAAGCUUAAGCAAUGUGGCGGCCAUGCUGAAGGCAAUGGAACCACAGGCAUCAUUGUGCACGUCAUUGGCAGUGACAGCUACGUGACUAAUCCCAACCUCACCAUCAAUGUGCCCAUUGCUCCUGGAGAGUCUGAUGUGGAGUUCGCAGAGGAGGAGGAUGAUCAGAGUGACUGUACAGCGGAAGAAGCAGAGAAGACAAAGCAAAAGGAUGAGAUCAGUCUGUCAGAGGGUAGCACAGUGGACCUCCGGAAGACUGGCGAUGAGGAGAAUGAGUACUCAGAGAUGGCUGAGGAGGCCAUGGACCCUGACAGCUGUUUCCCUGAUGUCUGUGUCCGUCACAGCCAGUGCUGCGACAUCGACACCAGCUGGGGGCUUGGCAAGGUCUGGUGGCAAUUCCGCAAGACCUGCUACCAGAUUGUUGAGCACAGCUGGUUUGAAUCCUUCAUCAUUUUCAUGAUUCUUCUUAGCAGCGGCGCUUUGGCUUUUGAGGACAUUUAUAUAGAGCAGCGAAAAGUGACAAAAAUCAUUCUGGAAUAUGCAGACAAGAUUUUCACCUACAUCUUUAUCCUGGAAAUGAUUCUCAAGUGGAUUGCUUAUGGCUUUAAAAAAUAUUUUACCAAUUAUUGGUGUUGGUUGGAUUUUUUAAUAGUGGACGUCUCUUUAAUAAGCCUUGUAGCCAACACACUUGGCUACUCGGACUUCUCGGCCAUAAAAUCACUUAGGACUCUUCGGGCUCUCAGGCCACUCAGAGCCCUGUCGAGAUUUGAAGGCAUGCGGGUGGUCGUGAAUGCCCUGAUUGGUGCCAUCCCUUCCAUUAUGAACGUUUUGCUGGUCUGUCUGAUCUUCUGGCUGAUCUUCAGCAUCAUGGGAGUGAACCUCUUUGCAGGAAAAUUUGGCCGGUGCAUCAGCCGAACAGGGUACAUACACAACGUCUCAGUAGUGAACAACAAGUCAGAGUGCCUGGCCAAGAAUGAUACUGAGUUCUACUGGACGAAGGUGAAAGUUAACUUUGACAAUGUGGGCGCAGGCUACCUUGCUCUCUUGCAAGUGGCCACAUUCAAAGGCUGGAUGGAAAUCAUGUAUGCUGCCAUUGACUCAAGAGCUGUGGAAGAGCAACCUAUAAAAGAGUUCAGUCUUUAUAUGUACUUGUACUUUGUGAUAUUCAUCAUCUUUGGCUCAUUCUUCACCUUAAACCUCUUCAUUGGUGUGAUCAUCGACAAUUUCAACCAGCAAAAAAGAAAGUUAGGAGGUCAAGAUAUCUUCAUGACAGAGGAACAGAAAAAAUACUACAAUGCUAUGAAGAAGCUUGGAUCUAAAAAACCUCAGAAGCCAAUUCCAAGACCAGUGAACCCAUUGCAAGGAUUCUUCUUUGAUAUGGUGUCCAAGCAAGCCUUUGACAUCAUGAUCAUGAUACUCAUCAUCCUAAACAUGGUGACCAUGAUGGUGGAGACAGAUGAGCAGCCACCCAACAUGACAUCCAUUCUCAACAAUAUCAACCUUGCCUUCAUUAUCAUUUUCUCAGCUGAGUGUCUCAUGAAAAUCACUGCCCUGCGCUACUAUUUCUUCACAGUUGGCUGGAAUAUCUUUGACUUUGUAGUAGUCAUUCUCUCAGUAGUGGGUAUUGUUCUUGCAGACAUUAUAGAGAAGUAUUUUGUGUCACCAACUCUUUUUCGAGUCAUCAGACUGGCAAGAAUAGGACGUGUCCUUCGACUUAUACGUGGAGCUAAAGGAAUCAGAACUUUACUUUUUGCCUUAAUGAUGUCCCUUCCAGCACUAUUCAACAUUGGCCUCUUGCUUUUCCUUGUGAUGUUCAUUUAUGCCAUUUUUGGCAUGGCCAACUUUGCCUAUGUGAAGAAACAGGGUGGCAUUGAUGACAUGUUCAACUUUGAGACAUUUGGAAACAGCAUGAUCUGCCUUUUCCAGAUCACAACUUCAGCUGGGUGGGACAACCUGCUCAGCCCCAUUUUGAACAACUCUCCUGAGGAAUGCGAUUCCAACAUCCUCCACACAGGGACUAACGCCAGGGGGAAUUGUGGGAAUCCUUCUGUAGGCAUCACAUUCUUUGUGACCUACAUCAUUAUAUCAUUCCUUAUUGUUGUCAACAUGUACAUAGCUAUCAUCCUAGAGAACUUCAGUGUGGCCACAGAGGAGAGCACAGAACCUCUGAGCGAGGACGACUUUGAGAUGUUCUAUGAGGUCUGGGAGAAGUUUGAUCCAGAGGCGACCCAGUUUAUUGAGUACUCAAAACUUUCAGAGUUUGCCGACGCUCUUUCGGAGCCACUACGCAUUGCCAAGCCCAACAAAAUCAAACUUAUCUCUAUGGAUUUGCCCAUGGUAAGUGGGGAUAAAAUCCACUGCCUGGACAUUUUAUUUGCCUUCACAAAACGAGUCUUGGGAGAAUCCGGGGAAAUGGAUGCUCUAAAGCAACAAAUGGAGGAGAAGUUCAUGAUGGCCAACCCAUCCAAAAUCUCUUAUGAGCCCAUAACAACAACCCUCCGGCGCAAGCAGGAGGAAGUGUCAGCAACCAUAAUCCAGAGGGCAUACAGGACACACCUGGUCCGGCGCCAAAUGAAGCAAGCCUCAUACUUGUACCGUCAGAUCAACACAGACUGCUCUGUUGAAGGAGAGGAGGCGCCUGAGAAAGAGGGUCUCAUAGCCUGUAUGAUGAAGGAGAACUACAGACCUGAGAGGGAAAUAACGGAGAAUCUGUCCUCAACUUUCUCCCUGCCAUCUUAUGACAGUGUCAGUUGGGCUGCUUGCGAUUUUUUCCAGGUUCUAAUACCAGAUGCCAGGAACACGGGGCUCCAAGAAAACUUCCUAUUCCCUAAUAGAGACCGAGAGACAUAUCUGUAA